AUGCAGCCGAGGUUUCGAAGUAGUUGGACGAAUGUGGCGCUGACGGCAUGGCCAGGUGGGGGAUUGAAGAAGGACUUCAUGCUUCUGCCACUGGUCCUGGCCGGAUUCAGCGCCGUGGCUUGGCGCCGGCCGGAGCGCAGCGUCUCGGUGCUUCUUGGCCUGGCUGCAACCUUGCUGUCUCCCUUGGGGGUGAUGCUCUUCCGGCCGUUGGUCAGCGUCGUGACGUCCUUGCUCUUGCAGUCCUCGGCGAAGCAUCUCAGUGACAUCCUCGUCCGGACGACGCUGGAGGUGGUGCAGAACGAGCAGGGGGUGGACCAGCUCGUCAACUCCGCCAGCGAAGCGAUGCGGAAGGCCAUGACCAACAAGCAGGUACAAAGUGCCCUGAAGGAGACGGUCAUCGAUGCCAUGCAGGACGAGAACUUGCAGCAGGAGAUGAUAAAGACGCUGACCAAGGCCGCCAUCCUCUCCUCUGGCGACCACCUGCUCCGUGCACACCUCCUGGACGUGGGCAAGGACGCCCUCGUCCGAGCUAUGAAGGACCAGGCUUUCAUGUCCGAGAUGGUUUCCAUGAUCUCGAAGUCGGCGCUCGCGGCAUCCCGGGACCAGGAGAUCCGCGAGAAUGCUCUGGAUGUUGUGAAGUCGGCGAUGACUGAUGCCUUGAAGGAUCGGGGCUUCAUUCAGGAGAUGUUCACCACUCUGACCCGCGCGGCGAUCUCGGCAUCCAAGGACCCCGACCUUCGCGAGUCCCUGCUCUCCGUGGUAAAGGAGGCCGUGGUGGAUGCGCUGAAGGACCAGGGCUUCAUGGAUGCUUUCCAAGAGGCCAUGUGCAAAAGCCUUAACGACCGUAAUAUUUAUCGCUCGGCUGCUGCCGGAGUCGCGAGCUCUUUGAAUCCGUUCGCGGCAAAAAAGAGGGUGGUGCUGGCUGAGCUGGGGAAGGGAGCCUAUGGAACUGUGUACCUCUGCGAGGACAAGAAGAGCGGGGAAGAGGUGGCGGUCAAACAUGUGAAGCAAGCGGCACGCCACGGCAAGAGCAUGCUCCGCGAGAUUCGUCUCUUGGCGCGGCUUCGACACGAAAAUCUCCUUCACCUGCUGGACUUCCCGGCGGUCUCCUCGCCGGACUUCGAGGAUAUCUACCUUGUCCUGCCGUACCUUGCUGCAGACCUCCACAAGAUCAUCCAAUCCCAGCAGGCUUUAACAGAGAAGCACGUGCAGGUCAUUCUGACGCAGAUUUUGCGGGCCAUGGCCUACCUCCACAGCAGCGGCGUCGCUCACCGGGAUCUGAAGCCCGCAAACAUCCUGCUGUCCUCGGACUGCAAGUUGAAGGUCUGCGAUUUCGGCCUAGCUCGGGGCGGCCUUGGUGGCCUGGACGGGGACGAGCCGGAGGAGGCCUGUGGGGUGCUGACGGAAUACGUCGUGACGCGCUGGUACCGGGCGCCGGAGGUGAUGUUGCUGCCGAAGCAGUACUCCACAGCCGUCGACAUUUGGGCGGUUGGCUGCAUCCUUGGCGAGAUUCUGGGCAGGAAGGCCAUGUUCCCUGGGAAGAAUCACAUUGACAUGGUGUGCAAGUACGCGGAAGUCGUGGGGAAUCCCAAAGACAGCGAGCUCGGCUGGCUUCCCAAGGACACCGAUGCCUAUCGCUUCCUACGCAAGGUCUGCCCGCAGGGCUCCGGUAUGGACUUCGCCAAACUCUACCCGCGUGCUUCGCCUGCUUGCCUCAGCAUGCUCAAGGCUUUGUUGCGAUGGGAUCCUACAGAGCGAAUUACAGCCGUGGAGGCCCAGAAGCACGAGUACGUCGGCCAUUACUAUCCCCGCGAGCCUCCGACGCCUCCAGAACCGUUCGACUGGACCUUCGACGGUUUCAAGGUUUCGACGCAAGCGGUGAAGGAGCGCUUGUACCACGAGUGCUCGCGUUUUCAUCCCGAGAUUCUGGAGCGAGAUGGCGUGCGCGCUGCGAAAUCCGGCUAUCCCUCUGCGAAGCCCGCUGCUGCGGAGGCCAAGGGGUCUGACCGAUCGCCGAGGCAGGCCCAGAAUGGGACCUCCAGCCGCGGCCUGAUGCGGUCCAUCACCCCGGUACGGAACCUCGCCCGUGCUUUGACGCCCCCACGGUUGCGCUCGACCACGCCGCCCCGAACGAGCACCACACCCACGAGGAGGGGCAGCAACUCAAGCGAGCAAGUUCGCGCCAUUUGA